GACCGCGACACAACUUCACGGCACAACAUCCGUCGCAUUACCAAAGGGAGAAAAGGCAGAGAGAUAAAGGAAGGAAAUUCGGGAAUUGGACCCCCUCCUGCUUCUCCUCUCCUUCAUACCUACUGCCUAAUACUCCCUCUCUCUGUCUCUGUCUCUCUCUCUCUCUCUUCUUUAUUGUAUUCCUUCGUCUUGUCUUCAGAUCGCCAUCCCCACACCACUGAAGAAAGUCUUAUCUCCCAUUAUUCCAUCUCCUUUUCACACUCCUCUGAGGCCCAUCCGCAGUUUAUAUUCCACGCUACGUAUAAGGGAGGGAAGGAUUGGGCGCAAAGCAUGGCCGGAAAAUUCAGCAAGUGCAUGUUGCCAUGCUGUACAAAGGACUGUUUCCCGGAGGAGGACAUGGCUAACGACAAGUACGAGGAGGCCAUCGCAGAGCUGUCGAAAAUUCUCAGCGACAAGUGCGAGCUCCAGGGCCCCGCCGCCGCGAAGAUCAAGCAGAUAACGGCGGAGCUGGUGGCUACCAGCAACGGCAACGGGUUCGACCCGCUCGAGAGGAUCAAGUCCGGGUUCGUUCGCUUCAAGAAAGAGAAAUUCGAGAAGAAUCCUGCUUUGUAUGGCACUCUUGCAAAGGGACAGAGUCCUAAGUUCCUGGUGUUUGCGUGCUCGGACUCGAGGGUGUGCCCGUCGCAUAUCCUCGACUUCCAACCGGGAGAAGCAUUCAUGGUGCGAAACAUCGCCAACAUGGUACCUCCAUACGACCAGAAUAAGUACUCCGGAGUGGGGGCGGCCAUUGAAUAUGCGGUCCUGCAUCUGAGGGUGGAGAACAUUGUGGUGAUCGGACACAGCUGCUGUGGAGGAAUAAGGGGCCUCAUGUCCAUCCCAGACGAUGGAGCCACUGCUAGUGAGUUCAUCGAACAUUGGGUUAAGAUAUGCUCGCCCGCCAAGACCAAGGUGAAAUCGGAUCACAGCAAAUUGACCUUCGCGGAGCAAUGCGGACACUGUGAGAAGGAGGCAGUGAACGUGUCGUUAGGCAAUCUUCUGACCUAUCCUUUCGUGAGAGAGGCCGCAGUGAAGAAAACCAUCGCGGUGAAGGGAGCGCAUUAUGACUUUGUCAAGGGAACGUUCGAGCUCUGGGAUCUCGACUUCAAACUCUCGCCGGCUCUCUCUGCAUGAGCAGAAGAAGAAGAGAUGGAUCGAUAGGUCUACAUGUGUAAUCUCCGUAUACCUCUAUCUGGUCCUCGUUUCUGUAAGUUUUCUCUUUGGUGUGGACGCUGUAUAUGUCCUCGAGUUGACGAAUAAAACACAUCUUCAUGUAGACGCUAAAUUGACGUUUUUCUUGAAUCAAUCAAGGCUCGAAACGAUGAGCCAGAGGUAUUUCAUGAAAA